AUGACCUUGGGAAGAAUGGUCUUCAACAAUGAAUCUUCUGUGAAGGAGUUUAUCCUGUUGGGCUUAACACAGCAGCCACAGCUCCAGCUGCCACUCUUCUUCCUCUUCUUGGGAAUCUAUGUUAUCUCCAUGGUGGGGAACCUGGGCUUGAUUGUUCUGAUUGUUUUGAAUCCUCACCUGCACACUCCCAUGUACUACUUUCUCUUCAAUCUUUCCUUUAUUGAUUUCUGCUACUCCACUGUCAUAACCCCCAAAAUGCUGGUAGGUUUUGUGAAGGAGAAUAUCAUCUCUCAUGCUGAAUGUAUGACUCAGCUCUUUUUCUUCUGCUUCUUUGUUAUUGAUGAAUGCUACAUUUUAACAGCAAUGGCAUAUGAUAGAUAUGCUGCCAUCUGUAAGCCCCUGCUUUACCAGAUCACCAUGUCCUAUCAGGUCUGCCAUUUGAUGAUGGUGGGAGUGUAUGUAAUGGGGCUUGUGGGUGCCAUGGCCCAUACUGGUAGCAUGCUAAGCCUGACCUUCUGUGAUGGCAACAUCAUCAAUCACUACAUGUGCGAUAUACCUCCUCUACAGAAGCUCUCAUGCACAAGCACUUCCAUCAAUGAACUGGUGGUUUUUACUGUUGUGGGUGUCAAUGUAAUAAUACCCAGCCUGACUGUUUUUAUUUCUUACACUUUGAUUCUUUCAAACAUCCUCAGCAUUCGUUCUGCAGAGGGCAGGUCAAAAGCCUUCAGUACGUGUGGCUCCCAUAUAAUGGCUGUUUCUCUUUUCUAUGGAGCUUCAGCCUUCAUGUAUCUUAAGCCUUCUAGUGCAUCUGUGGAUGAUGAUAAAAUAUCUACCAUAUUUUAUACUAUUGUGGGCCCAAUGUUGAAUCCUUUCAUCUACAGUUUAAGGAAUAAGGAUGUUCACAUUGCACUGAGAAAAACCUUGAAGAAAAACAUGUUUACUUAA